AUGGCGCGUGAGACCGAAGAGCAAAGAAGUAGCUGCAGCGCAUCAAGUAGAAGUAGUAAAUCUAGAGAUGAUUGUUUUGCUGAUUAUAUGCGAUUGAAUUCACUCCCAGAUCCAGAACCAUAUUCGGGUAAAAGUUAUGAAAAUAUAGAUCAAUUUUUGAAAGUUUUCGAGCUUAAAUACGGAAAAUUAGUGAAAAGUGCGCAAGAACUGAGUUUGAUUUUGCCAGCAAAGUUCCUCAAAGGCCGAGCCAAAAAACUAUUUGAGAGUUUAAAAAUUGAUGAAUCAGUAACAUGGGAAUGGGUGAAAGUUGAAUUCAAGAAGUUGAUUAAUGCGUCGAGAACCAGUAGAAAAGUUCGAUCAUUGGAUUUAUGGAUGACCAUGAAUAUUAGAAAAGAGCAAUCGAUGAGCAAAUAUUUGGUCGAAGUGGAGAAAUUGGCAAAUGAUGCAUUUGAAAAUGAUGACAAGCAUUUAGUGGAUAUGAUGAAAACUCAGAAACUUCUUCAAGCUGCAAAGAGAAACCCAUCAAUGAUUGGAUUGUUGGCAAUGAAAAGAAAUGAGAAACCGGAAGGAUCGCAAUAUGAAUAUCUUAAAUCGUCAGCUUUACAAUUCGAAUAUGAUACAACUAGUUAUCGUCAAGAGAAAUUCAAGAAGAAAGAACCAAAGAAAAAUCCCGGUGGAGAAAAAGAGAAGAAAUCCGAAAAAUCCGAUGAAGAAGAAGAAGAUCCAGAAAAGGAAAAGGAUGCGGAAAAGACAAAGAAAUCGGGAUGCUUCAACUGUGGUAAAUUGGGUCAUAUUGCAAAAGUUUGUCGAGCACCAAAGAAGAAUGUGGGAUUGGUUAAUCAGGAAAUGAAUGAACACGAGUCGAAAAUCAGUGCGCAAAUGGGAGACAGUAGUUUCAACAUUGUUUUGGAUAGUGGAGCAAUGGCAAGUGUGUUAUCGAAUAAAGCUUGGGAUGAUAUUGUCGCAGAAGCUGGAACAAUGGAAAUCGAAGAAUUACCGCCACCAAAAUUCGCAUUAUAUGAUGUUAGUGGAAGAAGAAUGGACGUUGUUAAACAAGUCAAAAUUCCAUUGAAAAUCAGAAAUAUUGUAGCGAAUGUGCAAUUCCAGAUCGUGAAAAGCCCAGAAGUUGUUGCUAUUUUGGGAACUGAUGCUUUUGCAAAAUUCGGUAUCCAUUUGGCAUUCACAGAAAAUGAAAAAGUGGUUAAAAUCCGGAAAAAGUGUCGAAUUCCGCCGAGAAGUGCCAAAUUGCUUCGAGUCAAAGUGGAAGGUUUGGAUUGCGGAAAAGAAAACGAUUUCAUGAUAAAAUCGCAUCAAAAAUAUAUUUCGGAUGGAUUGUGCAAGAUGGACACAAAGAAAAAUGCAACUGUUACGGUGUUGAAUAUCGAAGAUACACCAAUUUUGCUCAAGAAAAAUGAUAUUAUUGGAAUGGCUGAAUUUGAGAGCUGGAACGAAAUUGAGUUGAUUAACAAACCGAAAAUCGAAGAAAAACAAGAAAUUCGACAAAUCGUUUUGGGAGAUGAGAGAGAGAAAAGACUGGAAAAAGUUUUGGGGGAAAUUAGGAAAAAUGGGGAAGUAUCAAAAAUUGCGGAAGAAAUAAUUGCAGAAUUUUUGGAUAUUUUUGCGCUAGAAGAUUCCGAGUUGACCCAAACUGAAUUAUUAGAAUAUGAGAUUGAGUUAGAAAAUGAGAAACCAGUUAGACAGAAAGCUCGUCCACUUCCGUUAGCUCUUCGUGAAGAAGUAACUCGUAUGAUUCAACAAAUGUUGGAAAAUAAUGUUAUUAGAGAAAGUAGUUCCGGAUUCUUGUCGCCAGUUGUUCUUGUUAAAAAGAAAAAUGGGAAACUUCGAUUAUGUGUUGAUUAUAGAAAAUUGAAUGAGGUUGUAAAAACUAAUGCUUUUCCGUUGCCACAUAUUGAAUCUACUCUUCAGUCGUUGAACCAGAAACGUGUUUUCAGCACUAUUGAUCUUCUUGCGGGAUAUUGGCAAGUAAAACUUGCUGAAAAAUCAAAGGAAAAGACCGCUUUUGCAGUAUUAGGAAAACUUUUUGAAUUCAACGUUUUGCCAUUUGGUCUAGCAACGAGUCCAGCUGUAUUUCAGAAUUUGAUGGAGUCUACAAUGGGUGAAUUGUUGGAAAAUUGUGCAUUUAUCUAUUUAGAUGAUGUUUUGAUUGCUAGUAACUCAGUUGAGGAACAUCGAGAUGAUGUGAGAAAAGUCCUCCAAAAGAUUCGUGUCGCUGGAUUGAAAGUAAAAGCUGAAAAGUGCGCAUUUUUCAAAGAAGAAGUAGAAUUUUUGGGACAUAAGUUGACAUUGAAUGGAGUUCAGGCGGAUUCUGGAAAAAUUGAGAAGGUGCAAAAUUGGCCAGUUCCAGAAAAUCGAACGCAACUUCAAUCUUUCCUCGGGUUUUGUAAUUAUUAUCGUCGUUACGUUUUCAACUAUGCAAAUAUUGUAGCUCCGUUGACACCUUUGACAUCAGCAAAAGUUCCAUGGAUUUGGGAAAAUCCGCAAAAAGAUGCGUUUGAGAAAUUGAAAUUCGCAAUGACACAAGCUCCUGUUUUAGUUCAGCCAGAUAUUGAAGCUGCUCAAAAGUUGACUAGACCCUUCGCUUUGUUUACCGACGCAUCAGGAUAUGGUGUAGGUGCGGUGUUGGCACAAUUGUCAGAAGAAGGUUUGUAUAAACCUGUCGCAUUCACAUCAAAAGCGUUGACAAAAGCGGAACGAGGUUAUCAUAUUACGGAUAAGGAAGCUUUAGCAUUAGUCACAGCUCUUCGACGUUUCAAACAUUUUGUAUACGGUGUUCCAAUUACAGUAUACACUGAUCAUCAGCCGUUGACAUCGUUGUUCAAAUCCGCAAAAUUAGCAGAUAGAUUGUUACGUUGGUCGUUGGAAAUGCAAGAGUUCACGCCAAAGAUUUUGUAUUUGAAAGGAAAAGCCAAUGUUGUAGCUGAUGCUUUAAGUCGCGGUGCAGUUAGGGAACCAGAAGAAAUGGUAAUUGCUAGAAAUGGAGAAGAAAUUGACAGAAUCGUAAGUGGAAUUACAACAAAGCAAAAUUGGCGGAUGUUAUUGGAACAAGAUCCACUCUGGAAAAAUAUCAUUGAAAAAUUGGAAAAAGGUGUUCAAGGAAAAGUAAAAGUUCCAGGGAAAAAGCUCAAACUUGACAUCGCUGAUUUUAUGCUAGUUGACGGAGAUUUGUAUAAAAUAAUGGAAAAAACAGAUAAAAUUUGUCGAGUAGUUCCAUCAGAAUUGACGAGAAAAUUAGCCGAAGAAGCUCAUUGUGGAAUAUUUUCCGGACAUUAUAAUGCAGAUCGCACUUGUAAAAAAUUGAAAGAGAAAUUUUAUUGGCCGAACAUGGGUUGUGAAAUUGAAAAAGUGUACAAAGAAUGCAAAGAAUGUCUUUGGGGAAAUUCACAAGAAAAAUUGGUAGCUCCACUCAAACCAUACCUGACUUCUAAACCAAUGGAAAUUGUAGCAGUUGAUCUUAUCGAAAUGGGAAGAUCCGCGAAAGGAAAUAAAUAUAUUUUGUCAAUCAUUGAUUUAUUCACAAAAUAUGGCUCAGCGAUCGCAAUUCCAGAUAAAAAAGCUGAAACUGUAGCACAAGCGUUGAUUGAAAAUUGGAUAAUUAGAGAAGGAAGAAUUCCAAAAAUUUUGUUGAGUGAUCAAGGACUUGAAUUUUGUAAUGAAACUUUGAAUAAAUUGUUGAAAAUGACCCAGACAAUCCACACCGAAACCAAAGGAUAUAAUUCAAGAGAAAAUGGUGGUGUAGAAAGAUUGAACAGAACAUUGGUCACAAUUUUGAAGAAAGAUUUAAAAAUUCUGACUGAUUGGGAUGAAAAAUUACCAUUUGCUGUAUUUUGUUAUAACGCGACGCGCCAUGAAACAACCGGUGAAAGUCCGUAUUUUUUAUUAUAUGGUUCAGAUCCAGUGAUUCCGAUGGAGACAGCUCCAGAGGAUGAAAUCAAGCUUCAUCAUAUGGAUACGGAUGAAUACAAAUAUAUUUUGAUGCAAGAAUUACAAGAGGCGCAUGAACGUGUGAGAGAAACCGCGCGAAAAGAGCAAGAAAAUUAUAAAAAUAUAUUUGAUAAAAAAGUCGGAGCAACUGAUAGAGAUUAUCCACAAAAAGGUGAUAGAGUUUUGAUCAAAAUUCCAACAGAAAAGGGUAGUUCGGCGCAUCCAAAAUUGACAAAUGAAUGGAAAGGUCCAUAUAGAAUUGUUGAAUGUUCGCAAAAUUCGGUAGAAGUAGUCCCAGUAAUUGGAAAUUCAGAAAGUUUGAGAAUUCCAUAUGAUCAAGUCAAAAAAGUUCCAAACCAAUUCAUAGAUAUGCCAGUUGAGACUAAAAAAGGACGCGGCAGGAGAAAAGCAGCGCAAAAUUUGAUCCAAAAAAUUGCCCAAGUCCCCGAAAAUGAAAAUUGUUAUUCCAGACCGUCCGGAUGUGGUUGCGAUAGUUGCGAGGUUCAAGUGGAGUAUAAGGAUGUCAAGAUUGCGACUUCGUCGUUAACGGUGGCGGCCGGAAUCAUCGCGGCAAGACGUCAAAGAUUGUCGUUGGAGGAAAAGGAGGUGUUGGUGUGGGCACAAUUGAACGAAUCUGAUUUGGAGGACAAAGUCGAAGCGAUUUAUGAAUUCGCGCGAUGCCCAAAGAUUGUCGAAUAUGCGAAACGAUUCGAUAAAUGGCAAGAAGCGGCAGAGAAAAUGAUUGAGAAAUUGAAGAACAUGGCAAAACCACAACCAAUUGAGCUUCAUCAAAAAACUGUUAUUUUCAUGCCAAGAAUGGAAAGAGCAACGGUCGCUGUAUCCAGAGAUGCUUGUUUAUUGCACAUCAAGGACAACGACAUCGGGAUGAUCUUCGAAAAAUAUGCAUUUCAGAAAGUGGAGACAGUAAUUAUUUGGGUAUGGACAAGAGCAGAUGUGCCGUAUAUCGACACAAUUCGGGAGGUGGUCAAGGAAAAACCGGAUCAUGUAACACUUUGGGUAUUGCCAUUGCCGUUACAGGGUACGGUGGACAAAAUCCCAGAAAUUGUUGAUGCAUUUGGAGUGGUCAGAAAGGUCGCACGAAAAGGAGAUCACAUUCUCGAUCCAGGAGAUUUGAAAAAGAAAAAUGGAAUGACAUUGACGGCUAUGGUGGAUGGAGGUCCGAGAAUGCGAACUGAAGAUCUUUGGAAUUACAUCAAGAAUGUCAAGGCGGCGUUGCCAGAGGCAAAGUGGUUGGAUUUAUUCAAGGAACCAAAUGCGAAAGAUCACCAUAGAAAUUAA